GAGAAAUGUCAAAUAAUGACAGUUCCGACUGAAAUACAUAUCUUGAAAUUUUUGUAGUGUUGACGUUGUCACUUGUUUGUUUUGGUUGGAAUUUUUUUUUAUUCGAUAAAAUUCAAUCAUUUAACAAAAAAAUUAAAAAUAAGCGGCUUCGAAGCAAAAAUGGCCAAUCUCAUGAUUGAAGAGGGAAAACGUGAAACAGAUGAAGAUAAUAUUACGAGGCGGCUGAAUAAGGCGUUUGAAAGUCGCUUAGACUUAGAUCGGGAAACUUUGGAGGCGCUCAGUGACUUAUCAUUCUUUUUCACCGAAAAUACAUUGCAAACUCGCCGAAAUUUGCGCAGUAAAGUUGAAAAACGUAGUCUUACGAUCAAUGAAAAUUUUCUGCUGGCAUUUAAAGAGGUGAAAACAACGCUCUAUGGCAUUUGUGAUGAUAUCGAUGGAAUGCGCAAAACGGUCGGUGCAAUGAAACAAUGCCUGUCCAAGACCGAAGCACAAACACAUGAAUUAAUUCAGCAAACAAAUGCAUUGCAAGAAGAGAGUAAAAAAUUGGAGGUGCGACAAGAAAUAACGAGCGCAUUUUUGGCACAAUUCCGUUUGAGCGUUGAAGAGCAUCAAUAUUUGUACGGUGCAACACGUGAUGCACCGAUUACAAAUCAAUUUUUCGACGUUCUCGAACGUAUUCAGGCGAUUCAUGCCGAAUGUCGUAUUUUAUUGCAAUCAAAUUGUCAAACAUCGGCACUCGACAUCAUGGAAGAGAUGACAUUGCAUCAGGAGGCCGGUCUGGAACGUUUGUAUCGUUAUACGCAGGCCCAUUGUCGGAAUAUUGAUUCCGAUAUUAGCGGACUAUUGCAAUUGGCUAUGAAUAAAUUACAAGAUCGACCGGUGCUAUUCAAGUAUGUUAUCGAUGAAUAUGCAAAUGCACGACGAUCUGUGUUUGUGCGACAUUUUAUCGAUGCGCUCACAAUCGGCGGUCCAAAUGGCAAUCCAAAACCGAUUGAAAUGCAUUCACAUGAUCCAAAAAGAUACAUUGGUGAUAUGUUUGCAUGGCUACACCAGUCCAUACCAAUUGAACGAGAGAAUUUGGCAUUGCUUCUGAAAGAUUGUGAUAAAAAUGAUUUGAGUGAACAAUCCCAGGCGGCCCUAACUCAUAUUGCCGAUGGUGUUUGUCAUGCACUCAAAGUUCGUGUCGAAACCAUUCUAAAUGGCUGCACCGAUGUUAUAACAUUGUAUUCGGUGUCAAAUUUAAUACGAUUCUAUCAGACCAUUUUAAAGCAGAUCAUAAAAGGGGGCACACUUGAAGAAUGUAUAAGCAAUUUGCAAUUGUUUAGUGAGUCAACGUAUUUGAAAACGUUAUCACAACAGGUGAAAGAAUUGUUGUAUGGCCAACCGGGUUCAAAUAUUGGACUAGAGCCACCAAAUAAUGAUUUAAUUCCGUCACACAGUGUGACACGUUUAUUAAGCAUUUUAAAAGAAAUAUUGUCGGUGGCCAGCAUGGUCGAAAGUCGUCAGACGGACAUUACGAAAAUUGUUUCAUGUGUUAUUGAUCCACUUCUGCAUUCCAUUACGGAGUCGGCAUCGCAUUUGCCGACCGUCGAUAUGGCCGUUUACAUUUUAAACUGUUUAUACCAUAUGCAGAGCACACUUGGUAUGUUCGAGUAUGUUGACAGCAGAAUGGAGCGAUUACAGGCACAAUGUGAUGCUCAAAUCGAUACAUUAACUUCGGAGCAGGCAUCGUCUUUAGUGGCAAAUUUGAAUUUGGGACCGAUUUAUACACUGUUGCAAAGUUCAUCGAAAGACAUUGAUCCGAAUCACCUGAAAAUGUUUAUGGUAAAAUUAGAUUCAUUUUUAGAGAUGCCCGAUGUUCUAUUGCUACCACAGGUGAACCUUUUGCAGAGUAAUGCACAUCGUUCAACAGUACAGAAACGUUCGUUUAACGUCAUCAUUGCAAUUUAUAAACAAAUUUAUGAACGAGUUCACGAUCCGAGCAGCAAUUUAGAAGCACAACGUUCCAUUCUAAAUAAAACGCCAGAAAAACUCAGUGAAUAUUUGAGUGUUUAAA